CUGACAUUUAAGAUGGUGUUAGCAGACCGCUACUGAAUAUGGCUUCUGAUGAGGCUGAGGAAGGAUGGGAUGCUUGUUGACGAACUUUCUGAGUGGUUUGCAGCGCUGCUAUCCACGACUUGCAUACUCACUUCCCCUGGACAGUGAAUCCCACCCAGUUCCUACCCCUAGGGCUUCCCAGGAUGAGGUGAAGGUGUACCCAAAGGCAAUGCAUGGUCACCCCAGCAUCCAGCUCACCCAUGUGGGGACUCGUACAGAGAGAGCCAAACAUGACCAGAUCUUCCGGGCAGUUAGAAACCGUGACAAACAGUUGCUCCGCUCACUGAUAGUGGAAGAUAUCCAGGACGAAGAAGCAGCGCAGAGCCUGGUGUGCGUGUCUGACAAGAAUGGGGUGAACCCUGUGGAGCUGGCAUGCCUGCUGGGCUACACAGAGGAAGUGACAUUGUUUAUAGAACAUGGCUGCAGCCCAAACCUCCCCACGUCUAUUGGACGCUUGGUUCACACAGUACUGGAGUGCAUUAAGUCACAGAGUAUCGGGAUGCAGGAGGGGCACCAGCUCCUGCGGUUCAUGUGUGACAAGGGCUGCGAUGUGCGCAUGAAGGAUCGCAAGCGCAAGUGCACCCUGCUGUAUGCCACAGAGCUGGGCGACCCAGACAUCCUGCAGCUGAUCAUCAGGUAUGGUGGGUGUGGUGACGCAGGAGUGAAGGACACAUACAGCGGAUACACACCCCUACAUAUGGCAGCCAUGAAGGGAGACCUGGAGUGCUUACAAGUUCUGCUGAGAGAGGGACCAGGCUCGCAGAUUAAUAUCCAUGACAACGCUGACAGAACAGCUCUGCUGCUUGCCCUGAAGAACAUGAUCCAUGACUUGCGCUACCUGAACACGACAUCAGACCCCUCCCAGAUGAGUGGACCAAACCGUGACAAGUUAGUUCUGCACCAGUAUAAUGCCAUUGCUGUGGUGGAAGCUCUGUUAGUGGCUGGGGCAGAUGCUAACCUGGGCGACCCUCUAUCCUGUGCUCUCACACUGGUACAGCUGGAUGAGAAGAGGCGCUUUAACACCAUAUCCCCACAGAGCUCACCAUACCUGAGCAGCCUGAAUCGCAGGUGUCAAACAACGGUGCACGCUGUGUACUCAGGGGUAGGCGAGAUAGGUUCAUCCUCUGUGGGCAUGGCCAGAGGCGGAACUUCACCUGAUGAUGACUGGGUGUCACCCUACACAGGUGUAGUCAGACUGCUGGUCUAUUCUGGGGCACAACCCCAGGAGGGGCAGCAAACGAUGUGGCAAUCAAAAUUCCGUGCGUUCCCAUACGUCCUAAAGCUGGUGCAGGAAGUCACAGACUUCUGGAAAUGCUACGAGAGGGUCAAACCUCCAAAACUUUUGCACCUGUGCAAGCAGUGUGUGCGCAGUCAACUUGCCAAAAACCUAAAACUGCAUGAGAUUGACAGCCUUUUGUUACCUCCCAGUUUGAUUGAUUACUUAAAGUUAAGGUGCUUAUAAUCACUUCCUCUAUAGAGAUUAAUUUUGUAGGAACCCUUUUGAUACAGUAUUUAUAACCAUGUUUAAGGUCUCACAAUUACACAGUCAGUAUGGAAGAGGAGGAAACCAGAACUUCCAGUCCAUGGAGGAGAAAGUUAUUUUCUGAAAUGUUUUCUCUUGGCCUUCAGAGUUUUUUCAUGUUUACUAGUCAUCCUUACAAACCAGACUAUAUCAGAACCACAGAGGUCUGUAAGGUUUGCAUAUGGUUUGCAAAACUGCAUGUAUGCUUUGGUCUUGUUCACUGUGCUAGUCUUAUGCUGCUUACUGUAACGGUGACAACGACAUGCUCAGCUGACGACCUUAACUUACAUCAUGAACCGUGUAAUCGUAGUCACCCUGAUGAGAGGUUAGCAAGAAGAGAUCUAACUUCCAAUUUAAUGUUAACUUUGAACCAUUAAGUGAUAAAAAGUCGAACAACAAAACAAGUAAAUAAUAUAACAAAUUUUUU